AUGAAUGAUGGCAAGCGAGAUGCACCUCGUGGAGGGACGAAGAGGGAGGUGAAACAUGCAACCAACCAAAUUGUGAUGAACUGUGCUGACAUUGACAUUAUUACAGCUUCCUAUGCGCCAGAAGGAGAUGAAGAGGUACAUGCCACAGGGUUCAACUAUCAAAAUGAGGACGAAAAGGUUACUCUCUCCUUCCCCAGUACUCUCCAGAAAGGGACGGGGACGCUAAAGAUAGACUUUGUAGGGGAGCUGAAUGAUAAAAUGAAAGGUUUUUACCGAAGUAAAUACACCACCCCUACUGGAGACACGCGCUACGCUGCUGUCACUCAGUUCGAGGCUACUGAUGCUCGCAGAGCUUUCCCUUGCUGGGAUGAGCCUGCUAUCAAGGCAACAUUUGAUAUUUCUUUGGUGGUUCCUAAAGACAGAGUAGCUUUGUCAAAUAUGAACGUCAUCGACCGGAAGCCGUACCCCGACGAUGAGAACCUGGUGGAGGUGAAGUUUGCCCGCACCCCGGUCAUGUCCACGUACCUCGUCGCCUUUGUGGUGGGGGAGUACGACUUCGUGGAGGCCAGGUCCCUCGACGGCGUCCUAGUGCGUGUUUACACUCCUGUGGGCAAAGCAGAACAAGGAAAGUUUGCAUUAGAGGUUGCUGCUAAAACUCUGCCUUUUUAUAAGGACUACUUCAAUGUUCCUUACCCUCUUCCUAAAAUUGAUCUCAUAGCUAUUGCAGACUUUGCUGCUGGUGCCAUGGAGAACUGGGGCCUUGUUACUUAUAGGGAGACUGCGUUGCUCAUUGACCCCAAAAAUUCCUGUUCUUCAUCUCGCCAGUGGGUUGCUCUGGUUGUAGGACAUGAACUGGCUCAUCAGUGGUUUGGAAACCUUGUGACCAUGGAAUGGUGGACCCACCUCUGGCUGAAUGAAGGAUUUGCCUCCUGGAUCGAGUACCUGUGUGUAGAUCACUGCUUCCCGGAGUACGACAUCUGGACUCAGUUUGUUUCUGCUGAUUAUACACGAGCUCAAGAGCUCGAUGCCUUAGACAACAGUCAUCCUAUUGAAGUUAGUGUUGGCCAUCCAUCUGAAGUAGAUGAAAUAUUCGAUGCUAUUUCUUACAGCAAGGGAGCGUCUGUAAUCCGAAUGCUACACGACUACAUUGGUGAUGAGGACUUCCGGAAAGGAAUGAAUUUAUAUUUAACGAAGUUCCAGCAGAAGAACGCCGCUACAGAGGACCUCUGGGAAAGCCUGGAAAAAGCCAGUGGGAAACCUAUCGCUGCCGUGAUGAAUACAUGGACCAAACAAAUGGGAUUUCCCCUCAUUUAUGUGGAGGCUGAACAGCAAGAAGAUGACAAAGUGUUGAAGUUAGUCCAGAAGAAGUUCUGUGCCAGUGGACCAUAUACUGGGGAGGAUUUCCCCAUGUGGAUGGUCCCCAUAAGUAUUUGUACAAGCGAUGACCCCACCAGUGCCAAAAUGCAGAUACUGAUGGACAAACCAGAGCUCACCUUGGUUUUGAAAGAUGUCAAACCAGACCAGUGGGUGAAGUUAAACCUUGGAACAGUAGGGUUUUACCGUACCCAGUAUAGCCCUGACAUGCUGGAGAGUUUGAUACCGGCGAUCAAAGACCUCUCCCUCCCCCCCGUGGACAGGCUUGGCCUGCAGAACGAUCUCUUCUCUCUGGCCCGAGCUGGAAUCAUUAGCACUGUAGAGGUUCUAAAAGUCAUGGAAGCUUUUGUGAAUGAGCCCAAUUACACGGUGUGGAGCGACCUCAGCUGUAACCUGGGGAUCCUCUCGACUCUCUUGUCCCACACAGACUUCUAUGAGGAAAUCCAGGUGUUCGUGAAAGACGUCUUUUCACCCAUAGGGGAGAGACUGGGAUGGGACCCCAAACCUGGAGAGGGUCAUCUAGAUGCCCUUCUGAGAGGUCUGGUCUUGGGCAAACUAGGAAAAGCUGGACACAAGGCAACGUUAGAAGAAGCCCGUCGCCGAUUUAAGGACCACGUGGAAGGAAAACACAUACUGUCAGCAGAUCUGAGGAGUCCUGUAUAUGUAACUAUUUUGAAGCACGGAGAUAGUACUACUUUAGACACUAUGCUGAAGCUUCACAAGCAGGCAGACAUGCAGGAGGAGAAGAACCGAAUUGAACGAGUUCUCGGAGCCAUCUCUCAACCAGAACUGAUUCAAAAAGUUCUCACCUUUGCACUUUCAGAAGAGGUACGUCCCCAGGACACGGUAUCUGUUAUCGGAGGAGUGGCUGGAGGCAGCAAGCAGGGGAGAAAAGCUGCCUGGAAAUUUGUAAGGGACAAUUGGGAGGAACUUUAUAAUCGAUACCAAGGUGGAUUCUUAAUAUCCAGACUAAUAAAGCUAACAGUGGACGGAUUUGCAAAUGAUAAAAUGGCCGCAGAAGUUAAGGCCUUCUUUGAGAGCCACCCAGCCCCGUCGGCGGAGCGCACGGUGCAGCAGUGCUGUGAGAACAUCCUGCUCAACGCAGCCUGGCUCAAGCGGGACGCCGACAACAUCCACCAAUAUUUCCUGCAGCGCAAGGCCCCCCCAGCCCUGGUGUGAAAAAAAACAAACCCCCCCAACCCCAUCCCACCGCCCCCCAGCAUCCCACCGCUGCAGUCCUGCUGCCUCCCCACGGGGAGAGGGAGGAGAGAACCCAACAGCCCAUUCAUAAUGCCAAGAAUUUGGAGUCUUUUUUUUUCUCAAGCCGAUGGGGAUUGGACAAUGAAUGUAGUUAACUGGUUCCUGCUCACACUCCAGAUUGAAAAUUCUAUUAAAAUUAUCAGCAAUUCAGCAAAAAAAAAAGAAAAUAAAAAGAGAGAGAGAGAGAAAAAAAAAAAAUCUGUAAAUAUGAUAGUAAUAAAAUAGAGCAUAACAAAACUGUGAAACUUCCUCAAGCCUUGUCAGUGGUUAAAAUAUUUAACACCCCCCUCCUCCUGACACUCUUAUUGACAGAUGUUCUGUUUUUUACACCCUCCCCUGCCCGCCACCCCCCAAAAAAAAAAGAUUAAAAAAGAGGAAAGUGGUGGUUUCUAGGUCAGUGGAAUUUUGUGGAGGUUUUGGGGCAGGAAUGGGUUCGUGCCUCUGGAAGAGGGCACGGGGAAAGGCAGGUUGGUUGGUGAAACAUAAGAGUCUGCAUCAUUCAAAGUGCGAGGUUUUGGGGAAGAUGUUCCUACAAACACCCCACCCCCCACCACCCCUCGAUCCAAGGAAUAGUAGAUUCCCCUCCCUUUUGUGUUACCUCUCGGCGAAAAUAAGAAAAAAAAAAAAAGACAAAAUGUUCUGUUGCUCUUCGGUUUUUCUCCUUGGUUCCACUCGCUGAUGUCCUUCUUGGAGAUGAUGGGAUGUGUAUGGAAACAUCUUUACAGCCACAUUAAAUAAGAGAGAGAGA